CUCGUUGGCUCCAUUGUCAGUCAGAGUUAGUUAGGUUUGUAGAUCGAGAAAGAACAAAAUCAGGCGAAACUAAAAUGUUGGCUAGGGUUUGUAGAUCUGAAUCAUCUUCUGUUGCUGCUUCUGCUAGAUUGAUCAGCACGAGAUGGAUUCAUCUUCGCGUCGCCGAGAAAGGUACAAUGAGAAAGCGACUACCUUCUUUACCAGUCCAUUGCAGUGGUCGCAAAGGAGCUUUUGAAGGAGAGAAUUUGAAACUGAAAAGUGGAUUUCAUUAUAUCAAAAGCUUAGAUAAUGCGAUGAAAUGUUCGAUGAAAUGGUUAGAUCUCGUCCCUUCUAUCCGGCAAUUGAUUUCUGUAAACUAAUUGGUGUCAUCGUGAGAAUGGAGCGUCCCGAUGUUGCGAUUUCUCUCUAUCAGAAGAUGGAAUUGCGGGGAUUCCACUUGAUAUCUACAGCUUCACUAUUCUGAUGAAAUGUUUCUGCAGCUGUCAUAAAUUGGUUUUCAGCCCAACGUUGUUACGUUUAACACCCUAAUCCACGGGUUAUGUCUGGAAGGUAGGAUUUCUGAGGCCGUAGCUUUCUUUGAUUAUAUGGUUGAAACUGGAUGUAGACCCGAUGUCGUUACGUUUACCACACUGAUGAACGGUCUUUGUUGUGAGGGUCGAGUUCUCCAAGCGCUAGCUCUUGUUGAUCGUAUGGUAGAAGAAGGUCAUCAACCUUACGGAACAAUUAUAAAUGGAUUGUGUAAGAUGGGUGACACUGAGUCUGCCUUGAAUCUGCUUAGUAAGAUGGAAGAAACCCACAUCAAAGCCCAUGUUGUCAUCUAUAAUGCCAUCAUCGAUCGCCUUUGCAAAGACGGACAUCAUAUCCAUGCUCAAAACCUUUUCACUGAAAUGCAUGACAAAGGAAUUUUCCCCGAUGUUAUUACCUACAGCGGUAUGAUAGACUCUUUUUGUCGCUCUGGUAGAUGGACUGAUGCGGAGCAAUUGCUGCGUGAUAUGAUCGAAAGGCAAAUCAAUCCUGAUGUUGUAACUUUCAGUGCAUUGAUCAAUGCAUUAGUCAAAGAAGGAAAGGUCUCCGAGGCUGAAGAAAUAUACGGUGACAUGCUUCGUAGAGGUAUAUUUCCUACCACAAUCACAUAUAACUCAAUGAUCGAUGGAUUUUGCAAGCAGGAUCGUCUAAAUGAUGCGAAGCGCAUGUUAGAUUCGAUGGCUAGCAAGAGCUGCUCUCCGGAUGUAGUCACUUUUAGCACCCUCAUCAAUGGCUAUUGUAAGGCUAAAAGGGUUGACAAUGGAAUGGAGAUUUUCUGUGAGAUGCAUCGAAGAGGAAUUGUUGCUAAUACAGUUACUUACACUACUUUGAUUCAUGGGUUUUGUCAAGUGGGUGAUCUCGAUGCCGCUCAAGACCUUCUCAAUGUGAUGAUCUCUAGUGGUGUGGCUCCAAAUUACAUCACUUUCCAGAGUAUGCUGGCCAGCUUAUGCAGUAAGAAGGAAUUACGAAAGGCAUUUGCAAUAUUGGAGGAUCUGCAGAAGAGUGAGGGUCAUCAUUUGGAGGAUGAAUGAAAUAUUGGAAGAUUCAAUGCCAUUUUGCUUCAUGCUCGAUCGAUUUAGAUUCUGAUGUUCCACAAACACUUGUUAAUUUUUUAUAUGUCGUGUUAAUUUAUGUUAUUGUUGAAAUGAUACAUGUUAUGUGAUGGUCAAUUUACAAAAAGAACUUGUUGGAUAUGCUUUCUU